AUGCAGGCCCGAUUGAAGAAACAGGAGAAUAUCCAUGCGCUGGUGCUGUCGCUUGGGUUGAAGUAUCAGAACUUCACAAUUGCUGGUGGGAACGCCCGGUGUCUGGCCAUGCUUGAGGCAUUCAAGAAGGUCAUUGCCGAUUACUCUACACCUCCGGGCAACUCUCUCCCGCGGCAUUUGCCCUCCGUCAUCAGCAAACAGGUGGAUCUCCUGAGCAACACACGAACUUUGGCAGCCAGCAUGAAGACGGCCAUCAGGGAACUGAAGAAGGAGAUCUCGGUGAUUCCCGUGGAUGCCACGGAUGAGAACGCAAAAGAGCGACUCUUUCAAUUCAUCGACACCUUCCAAAAAGAAAGGAUAGAAACAGCCGGCGCAUAUAUCGCCCAUGAAGCUGUUGACACGGAUAAGAUUCAAGACGGAGACGUGAUCUUAACAUAUGGCCGGUCAUCCACGGUUCUCAACACGCUUCUGUAUGCCCACAUGUACGGCCGAAACUUCAAAGUGAUUGUAGCCGAUGGUCGGCCGAAACUAGAGGGGAAGGAAAUGCUGAAAUCGCUGGUCAAAGCCGGAAUCAACUGUGGUUAUGCGACAUGUACAGCUGUUCCAAUGUUAAUGCCUGAGGUCUCGAAGGUGAUCAUUGGAGCAAGCGCCGUCCUUGCCAACGGUGCGAUUCUAUCUCGCGUAGGAACCGCUGUGGUUUGCAAUGCGGCAAAGGAGCGACAGGUUCCUGUCAUCGUCCUCUGUGAAAGCUACAAGUUUUUGGAUGAGACGAGACUUGACUCGUUCACUUGGAAUGAAAUUGCUGGAGAGAACAACAGCACCCUAGCUACAUGGCGAUCUAUAGAUCCGCUGAAGCUACUCAACCUUCACUACGACGUCACGCCUGCUCACUUCAUCACUGCAUUGCUUUGUGAGCAUGGUUUGGUUCCGUCGACGGUUGCAUUGAACGUGACUCGGUUUGCUGCUGAGAGGUAG